UUCCCGUGGUGCUUUGCGAACCUAAAUUGAAUGCUCGGGAAAAGAAUAUUUGUAUUCUGUAAAUUCGGUGUUCAACCUUGAAAAAACGCAUAAAUCAGGAGACAUUACAACACGGUCAGACACACUGAAAGCAUCGCUUAACGGCCUGUAAAGGCGAGAUACUACUGGGGAAGAGACAUCAUGGAUCAAGACUAUGAGUGCAGGCUGCUAAGACAGAUUAAUAUCCAAAAUGAGAAUGCCAGCCCUAUAAAAGCUGUGGGAGCAGUGCGAACUCUGACACCCACCAGCUCCCCCUUGUCCUCUCCUAGCAAGCAUGGCGAUCGCUUUAUUCCCUCCCGGGCAGGAGCCAACUGGAGUGUUAACUUCCAUCGUAUUAAUGAAAUAGAAAAGUCACACAAUCAAAACAGGAAAACCAAAGAUGGAACCACUGACAGCAACAAAGUGGAUGGUCUGGCUUACUCUGCUCUGCUGAAAAAUGAGCUUCUAGGCGCAGGCAUUGAAAAAGUCCAGGACCCCCAAUCUGAGGAUCGUCGAUUGCAGCCCUCUACGCCUGCCAAGAGAAGCCUAUUUAAUUAUUCUAUAAGUACUAAGAGGUCUUUGCCAGAAGAAGAUGGAAAUUCAGUUUCUCCAUAUUCUUUAUCACCUGUCAGUAGUAACAGUCAAAAAUUACUACGGUCACCAAGAAAGCCUACACGCAAAAUUUCCAAGAUUCCUUUCAAAGUUCUUGAUGCUCCAGAGCUUCAAGACGACUUCUACCUCAACCUGGUGGACUGGUCCUCCUUAAAUGUGCUCAGUGUUGGACUGGGUACCUGUGUUUACCUGUGGAGUGCCUGUACCAGCCAGGUGACCCGUCUUUGUGACCUCUCUGUGGAGGGAGAUUCAGUAACAUCAGUGGGAUGGUCCGAGAGGGGUAACCUGGUGGCUGUGGGCACUCACAAAGGCUAUGUGCAGAUUUGGGAUGCAGCCGCAGGGAAGAAGCUCUCCGUACUCGAGGGACACACAGCCAGAGUGGGUGCUUUGGCGUGGAAUGCGGACCAGCUGUCAUCUGGGAGUCGUGAUCGCAUAAUUCUGCAGCGGGACAUCAGAGCGCCACCUCUUCAGUCAGAACGCCGUCUCCAAGGGCACAGACAGGAAGUCUGUGGGCUCAAGUGGAGCACAGACCACCAGCUGCUGGCUUCAGGUGGAAAUGAUAACAAGUUACUUGUGUGGAACCACUCAAGCGUUCUGCCGGUGCAGCAGUACACAGAGCACUUGGCUGCAGUGAAGGCCAUCGCCUGGUCGCCUCACCAACACGGCCUGUUGGCCUCCGGAGGUGGGACAGCUGAUCGCUGCAUCCGUUUCUGGAACACCCUGACCGGCCAGCCCCUGCAGUGCACCGACACCGGCUCUCAAGUCUGCAACUUGGCCUGGUCCAAACACACGAAUGAACUGGUCAGCACACAUGGUUAUUCACAAAACCAGAUACUGGUGUGGAAGUAUCCCUCCUUAACUCAAGUGGCUAAACUCACAGGACAUUCCUACAGAGUGCUCUACCUGGCCAUGUCACCUGAUGGAGAGGCCAUUGUGACGGGGGCGGGAGAUGAAACCCUUCGGUUCUGGAAUGUCUUUAGUAAGAUGAGAUCUACUAAGGAAUCGGUCUCAGUGUUGAACCUCUUCACCAGGAUCCGGUAGUCUGCAUUGUAGUGAGAGUAAUAACGGGAAGGGACUUGACUCUGCAUGCAUCAAGUUGUUCGUGGGCCUCUUUGAAUAUUAACGUCGGCCAUCUUCAGAGGCUUCAGCUACUGAUCUUAGUUUAUUUAGCCAAGUUGUAGCUGAUGUUGGGAGGAGCUGAAGAGUUGCACAAUCAGACUUUCAAGGGCUGAGGAAAUCGUAUGGCACACAGGAAUUCAUUUCCACCUGAAUUAUGGAACCACUGCCUCUUCAACCAGACCUGUGAUCCCUGAUGAUCAGGAGCGUUUCAGGGCCGUUUGUGUGGUUGUUUUGUUUACAAACUGACUUUGUGCAUACCUGCCAAAUAUAUUGAGUUUAUCCUUUUUGUUUGUGUAUUUAUUUUUUUCUUUUUAUUCUUACGAGUCUGCUUGUUUAAAAGAUCGGUGGGGUUUUAUUUUCACGUCCAAAACUGCAGAUUUCAGUCUCACCUCUGAGCUAACUUUGAUUUCUCCUCAUUUACUGAAAAUAUUCAUGUCAUUUAUUUUUUUUGUUUAUUCCUGUUUUUAUGAGUGACAAAAAUAUGUUGUGGACACUGAUAUUGGAAUAUAUAAACCACUGAGACCUGGUGGGGGUCAAAAACUACAUGAAAAGGCCUUGUUUUAUUAUUUUAUCACU